AUGGCUGGGGGCUUUCGAGGGGCCGGGAUUAUCCCUCAUAACCCGGAAACGGUUAUAUCCAAACUGGAUGUUAAAUUACGGACACCUUCACCCGAAGAGCCUGCUUUUCCCAAUACCGACACCUGGGUUUCUCAAACGCCGCACAACCCGACAGAAGCGUUGGCGAAAGGUAUGGAGCAGAUUGCGCAUCAAAACACUCUUCUCCUUGCGGAUGUUACGGAAUGGCGUGCCUGGGCGACUGCCAACCGUGACUAG